GCAUACUAAUAUCAAUGAGUGACUUGGGUCAACACAUGUAUUAGUUUGUCAUUGCGCAGUUGACGCAACUUUGACAUUGUCCACUUCAAUUUCCGUGUGUCAACGAGCUACAACAGUAUUGUCGGCAUGAGAGGACAUGGAUGUGUAACUAACCAAAACGUGAUGAUUAUUUUGUAAUAGUAGAGCUGUUCCGAGCGUAGUAUUCUGAUAUGCAUGUGUACGGAUAAAUACCCAUUAUAUUUAUUGUCGCUAAAUUAAGGAAAUAAUGUUUAGGCAGAGUAAAACAGUUCUGCAGAAACUUCGAUCUUUAAGUUUCCAGGGGCAUAAUCCAUCAUGGAGGUUCAGGAGCACCCCAGCAACAGAGAGGGCAUUGCAGUACCAGGCAGGACAGAAGAUCCAUGGCUUCACAGUCAAGGAGGUGGUUGAUGUUCCUGACCUGUUCCUUACUGCUGUCAAACUGACCCAUGACAACACAGGCGCCCAGUAUCUACACGCAGCUAGAGAUGACAAAAACAAUCUCUUUAGUGUUCAGCUCAGGACGACCCCGAUGGACAACACAGGGGUCCCACACAUCCUGGAACACACAGUGUUGUGUGGCUCAGAGAAGUACCCCUGCAGAGACCCCUUCUUCAAGAUGCUCAACAGAUCACUUUCCACCUUCAUGAAUGCAUUCACAGCCAGUGAUUUCACCAUGUAUCCAUUCUCCACACAAAACGGGAAAGACUUCCAGAAUCUCCUCUCCGUGUAUCUGGAUGCAGUGUUUUUCCCUUGUCUGGGGGAACUAGAUUUUCGGCAGGAGGGAUGGAGACUGGAGAAUGAAAACCCUACAGAUCCUAGUUCCCCUUUGGUCUUCAAAGGAGUUGUCUUCAAUGAAAUGAAGGGUGCUUUUUCAGACAAUGAGCAAGUGUAUGCCCAGCACCUCCAGAACAAGCUGUAUCCUGACCACACAUAUGGUGUGGUGUCUGGAGGGGAACCUCUGGCCAUCCCUGACCUCACCUGGGAGCAACUCAAGCACUUUCACGCCACACACUACCACCCCAGCAACGCAAGGUUCUUCACCUACGGGGACCUGCCCUUAGAGCAGCACCUGAAACAGAUCCAGGAGGAGGCUCUGUCCAAGUUUGAACGCACUGAGCCUGACACUGCUGUCCCUAACCAAGUCCACUGGGACAGGCCUAGAGAGGACCAUGUGACCUGCAGUCCCGAUGUUAUGGCGCCUGAUGCAGCCAAACAGAACACACUGUGUAUGAGCUACCUGCUUGGAGAUAUCACAGAUACAUUUGAGGGCUUCACCCUGAGUCUGAUGUCCUCUCUGAUGAUUUCUGGACCUAACGCUCCCUUCUACAAGGCCCUUAUAGAACCCAAGAUAGGAACAGACUUUUCUUCUGUCGUAGGAUAUGAUGGGAGCACCAAAGAGGCAUCGUUCAGUAUUGGCUUACAAGGAAUGGCCGAAGAAGAUACCGAGAAAGUCAAGCAAAUCAUCAUCCAAACCUUUGAUGAGAUCAUUGCUAAUGGAUUUGAGGAGGAGAGGAUAGAGGCCCUGCUUCAUAAGAUUGAGAUCCAGAUGAAACAUCAGUCUACCAGCUUCGGCCUGUCUCUGGCCUCGUACAUAGCUUCCUGUUGGAACCAUGAUGGAGACCCGGUUCAGCUGCUGAAGAUCUGUGACAGUGUGACCCAGUUCAGACAGGCCUUGAAGGACAACCCUCGCUUCCUCCAGGAGAAAGUCGUGCACUACUUCAAGGAUAAUACUCACAGACUGACUCUGUCUAUGAGUCCUGAUGAGGCGUACCUGGAGAAACAGGUCAAAGCAGAGGAGGAGAAACUCCAGAAGAAGAUACAGGCUCUGUCUGAGAGUGACAAGAAAGACAUCUAUGAGAAAGGUCUUGAGCUGCUAUCGAUUCAGAGCCAGACCCAGGAUGCUUCAUGUCUCCCUGCCCUGAACGUAUCUGAUAUUGAGCCAACGAUAGCAGUCACACAUGUGGAGAUGGGCACUGCAGGAGGAGUGCCAGUACAGUACUGUGAGCAGCCCACCAAUGGCAUGGUCUACUUCAGAGCUAUGUGUAGUCUCAACAGCCUCCCUGAGGACCUCAAACUAUACGUGCCCCUCUUCUGCAGUGUCAUCACCAAGAUGGGCUGUGGAGGGCUGGACUACAGGCAGCAGGACCAGCAGAUGGAGCUGAAAACAGGAGGCAUGUCCAUCUCCACAUCAGUCAACCCUGACUACUCGAACAUGGAUAUGUAUGAACAGGGAGUCCUCCUUUCAUCUUCCUGCCUGGAGAGGAAUCUUCCUGAUAUGUUUCACCUGUGGAGUGACAUAUUCAACAGCCCGCACUUUGAUGACGAGGAGCGUCUGCGUGUUCUGGUCAUGAUGUCGGCUCAGGAACUGGCCAAUGGGAUAUCUAAUUCUGGUCACAUGUAUGCCAUGACACGGGCAGCUCGCAACCUUACCCCAACAGGAGAACUACAGGAGACCUUCGGAGGGAUGGAGCAGGUCAAGUUUAUGAAGAGGGUCGCAGAGAUGCCAGACCUCACCCAAGUUCUACGGACACUUCCUAGAAUCAAGAGACACAUUCUCAACCCACUGAACAUGAGAUGUGCGGUUAACGCAACGCCGCAGAAGAUGUCUAAUGCCGCUGGACAGUUGGAUAACUUAAUGUGUAACGUUUCUUCCAAUAAGAAGGAUCGCAAGCCAGUCCAUUCCAAUAUCACUGAGAGACCUCUUGACCCACUGGCACCCCCUGGAUCUGGCCCAAGCAGAAAACUUGUCACUGAGCCCAACUUCAAGCCCUGCCAGAUGAAGACAUUUUUCCCAAUGCCCUUCCCAAUCAACUUUGUCAGCGAGUGUAUCCGCACCGUGCCAUUCACCCAUGAGGACUGUGCCAGCCUGAACAUCCUGGCCCGGAUGAUGACGUCUAAGUACCUGCAUGGAGAGAUCAGAGAAAAGGGUGGGGCCUACGGUGGAGGGGCCAGGAUGGGAGGAGGACUAUUCACCUUCUAUUCAUACAGAGACCCCAACACGGUGCAGACUCUGUCAGCGUUCCGUAAGGGUGUGGACUGGGCCAUAUCAGGACAGUUUACCCAGCAGGACAUCAAUGAGGCCAAGCUGUCCGUGUUCUCAGCCGUGGACUCCCCCGUCGCCCCCUCCGAUAAAGGUAUGGGCCGCUUCCUGAGUGGAAUCACAGACGAGCUGAAACAGGCCCACAGAGAGAGACUCUUUGCUGUCACAGACAAGAACAUUGUCGAUGUUGCUGGCAGGUACCUUGGCAUUGGACAAAGGACAUGUGGAGUUGCUAUUCUGGGCCCUGAGAAUGACACCAUCAAGAAAGACCCCUCGUGGGUGGUAAAAUAACCAGACAUAGAAUUAUCCACCUUUCUAUUUUCCAAUUAAGCGACUUCAGAGGCACUGUGUCAUAAGAUGGUGAACAUCAAUGUUACUUGAUUGUCCUGAAUAACUGGACUGUGUCCGGUAAUAAUAUAACUUGAAUUGUAUUGAAUUAACCAGGAAGUCUAUUUGGUUUUUGGGCAAAAACGGAAUGAGCACAACAGAGAACAGGUGCUCCGAUAGAUAACAUUAUGUCUAACCUCACCUCGAUACCAUAUUCAUAAUAUACAAUUAUGACAACAUACAUUUAAUUUAUUGGUGUACUUUCUAGACAUAGACUCACCUCUGGUUUCUAAAUGUAUGCAAGUAUGUACAAAUAUGGUCUAUUGAAAUACUGUAUUUCCAUAGGGUACAUAUAAUGAAUACUGAACAAAAAUAUACAACACAACAUUUAAAGUGUUGGUUUCAUGAGCAGAAAUAAAAGAUCACAGACAUUUUCCAUUCACAUAAAAAAUACAUUUCUCUCAAAAAAUGUGCUUACUUCCCGUUUAGAGAGCAUUUCUCCUUUGCCAAGAUAAUCCAUCCACCUGACAGCUGUGGCAUAUCAAGAAUCAGCAUUAUUCAUGAUUAAACAGAUAAUUACAUAGGUGCACCUUGUUCUGAGGACAAUAAAAGGCCACUUUAAAA